AGUUCUUGUAGUCUACGGGCAGUUUAAUGUAACGAUGGGCUACGAUCCGUUAUGUACUCAUACGUUGUUUCUCUUUAUAUUGGCAAUACCGAUCUAGAUUAUUAAGCACACGCCGGUGAGUAGCUCAUAAACAAGUAACAGGGAUUUCGGUCAAACUACGCGGACUACUGGUCAAACAUAACAGUUCAUCCCUUUCCGCUUGGUGGCGCUAACGUUCAGUAAGUAGGAAAAAAUGGCGGAGAAAGAAGCGUCUGCUGCUAGGAAAGAACCGAUAACGCCGGUAGCUCGGCCCAGAGUGAGAGGUCUUGACCUGCUACGGGACCCUCUUCUGAAUAAGGGCCUGGCAUUCACCUUGGAAGAGAGACAAAUCCUUGGAGUUCAUGGUCUGAUGCCUCCUGCCCAAUUAAACCAAGAACAGCAGGUUUAUGCUGUGAUGGAGAAUUUCCAUCGCUGGCAGAAUGACCUUGAUCGCUACAUCUACCUUAUGGCUCUCCAGGACAGAAAUGAAAAGCUUUUUUAUAAAGUGGUCUCUGAAAAUGUAGAACUGAUGAUGCCAGUCAUUUAUACCCCAACUGUGGGUCUUGCCUGUCUCAAGUAUGGACUCAUCUACAGAAAACCCAGAGGUCUGUACAUCACAAUCAAAGACAAGGGCCAUGUGUCGGAUGUCCUCAGCAACUGGGUGAUCGACGAAGUGAAGGCUAUCGUGGUGACGGAUGGUGAGAGGAUCCUGGGAUUGGGAGACUUAGGAUGUUAUGGGAUGGGAAUCCCUGUGGGAAAACUAUCCCUGUACACUGGGCUGGCUGGCAUCAAACCCCACCAGUGUCUCCCCAUCAUGUUGGAUGUCGGCACCAACAACGAGACUUUACUGAAGGACCCACUGUACAUUGGUCUUCGUCAGAAGCGGGAAUCAGGGCCCAAAUAUGAUGAGUUUAUUGAUGAGUUUAUGACGGCCGUUGUUGGUAGGUAUGGUCCGAGCACCCUGAUACAGUUUGAGGACUUUGGUAAUCACAACGCCUUCAGGUUACUGGAAAAAUACAGGAGAGGUUACUGUACAUUUAACGACGACAUUCAAGGUACAGCGGCUGUUGCUGUGGCUGGUAUACUGGCUAGUCUCAAAAUUACCAAGAAAUCUCUUCGCCAGAAUGUGUUCCUCUUCCAAGGUGCAGGGGAGGCCUCUAUUGGGAUCGCCAAGCUGCUGGUGAUGGCUAUGAAGGAGUCCAGAAUGUCAGAGGCUGAGGCUCUCGGGAAGAUUUGGAUGGUCGAUUCUCGUGGCCUUAUUGUCAAGAAUCGGCCAUCGGGAGGAGUAACUGGGGAGAAAGUCAUGUUUGCCCAGGACGCCAAACCAAUUGACAAACUCGGCGAUGUAGUCAAACAGAUCAAGCCUACAGCUAUCAUAGGAGCUGCAGCAGUGCCAGGGGCUUUUAAUGAGCAGGUAUUAAAAGACAUGGCUGCCAACCAUGAGAGGCCCAUCAUAUUUGCUCUUAGCAACCCUACCAGUAAGGCAGAAUGUACAGCUGAACAGGCCUAUCAACACACAGAGGGUCGCUGUGUGUUUGCCAGUGGCAGUCCAUUUAAGGAGGUGACAUAUGGUGGUAAGAAGUACAGUCCAGGACAGGGAAACAAUGCCUACGUGUUUCCAGGAGUUGCCCUGGCUGUCAUCGCGUCUGAUAUCAGAGUCAUCACUGAUGAAAUCUUCCUAGAGUCUGCUAAGUUACUGGCGGAUAUGGUGACCGAGGAGAACCUUGCUGAAGGCCGUGUGUACCCUCCUUUGUCUAACAUUCUUGAAGUGUCCACCAAGAUGGCUGUUCGUUUACUGGAGUUUGCCUACAAGAACAAGGACGCCCACCUCCACCCUGAGCCUGCUGACAAGGAGGCUUACAUACGUUCCCUACAGUACAACACUGACUAUGAUAGUUUUAUACCACCCAUGUACAGCUGGCCCGAGUCUAACAUGUAAGCUGUGUGAUCUAUGUGGUUGUUAGUUGGGAUGUAGGUCUAUUUGGUUGUAAGUGUUAGAAUAGCCUCAGCACGAGAUCUUUUAUAUUGUGUAGUAGUGAAGUAGCAUUUCUAAGUACAACAAGUUCAAAAGAUGCCAUAUCAACUUCUCCAUAUCAGAUACAAACUACAGAGAAAAGUACAAUCCCUGUACCUUCUGGUUCUACUAGAUGGAAGUGGUUGCUACUGGUUGGGUUACAGCAUAUUGUAUUUUGAUAUUGUAUUUUUAUAAGCCAUGAUAGUAGUUUUAGAUUUUGAUGUUGAAAAUGACUGAUACCGCAAUAUGAACUUUAUUAAGUUUAUUGUCAAUAUGCCAUUGUUUUCCAACCCCAUUAAUCACUGAAAUAGGAGAUACUGUUAUAAACAAAGAGAUGUUUGAUGUCACAACCUGUAUUGAAAUCUGAAAUGGCUUCAAUGAAUCUGAUCUCUUCCGUUAUUAGUAUAUUACGUGUACCAAAGAUACUGACUUAUGUGCUGUUGAUUACAGGGUGUCUCAGGCCGGGUUUGUAUACUACUAAUGAGUGAGGCACACUGAAUCACAUUAACACAGCGUUGUUGUCACAGACCCUAUCACACCAAAGUUACUGACACAGAUUUGCCAGGAGCAUUCGUCAUACUUAUUUAUCAAAGUGUCCUUAAUAACUUUCAUUUCGUCUGUGAUUCUGUGACAUCAAAGCUCUAUUUUAUUGUGGUUUUAGUUCAUUUGCUGUGUUUUUCUUUUAUUAAAGCAUUAUUGAUGUUGUUGCUGAAAUCCAAGACUAGAAAUCCUGUUUAUGUUUUAUCUCUUAUAAUCUGUUUACAAGUAUUUAUUGUUAAACCUGGAAAUUACCAUCUGUGAUAUGAAAACCGAGGCGAAAGAGCACAAAGCGAAUAUUAAUGAACAUGUUUAUAUAAGAUAUAACUUUAUAACAGUGCCAUCAACAAACCAAGUAAGAGUCUACCGGUGGUCAAGUCACUCUGAGUCUGGUGUAGAGAUAAAGGAGUAUACUGGGUGAUUACCAAAACAGAAAAUAAAUAAGUAAUCACCACACCACCAGAGUGUGAAGUUCUCCAGGUUUAUUCACUGACUAUCGGUACUAAGUCAACCAGUUGCAUCACCUCGUAGGGCUUUGUCAGACACAAAAUUUCAAAACUACCAGAUGGUAGUUGCUAAUAAACCUGGAUAACUUUAUGCUUCAGUUGUGUUGAGAUUGCCAAUUUUCAAAUUUUAACUAAAGGACACACAGUUUAUGUACUUUUAAAUGACACACAGCUUGUGAAUUAAGCUUUAUUUGAUAAAUGCAAUAAUGCCUGUAUUUGUUGAUUUGGAAGUCUUGCUAUAUUCUUAACACUACUAAUGUUUUCUGACAUUACAAAGCAGGAUUUAAAUAUCAAUUUUUGUAUAUUUAUUGUUUUAAUUAAGGCAUUAGUUUUUUAACCCGCACAAUGAUCUUAAGGGGGAUAUACUGGAUUCAGGGUGUUGGUCAGGCCAUCUGUCUCUAGACAUAAAGAUUUGUCUACACUACUUCUCCUAAACUAACAUUGCAUAUAGGUUUCAGUGAAACUUUGUGCACUUAUCAGUAGGCAAUGUAAUUUUUAACAGUGUAGUUUAUCUUUUAAUUCAUACAUAUGUUUUUCAAACUUUGGUUCUAUUUGUGUGUUAUGGAGUUAUUGCCCCUUAACAUAGAGAACUUGUCCGGACCGCUUCUGUAAUAUUACACAGGUAAAAAUGAAACUGUUUUCACUUUACAAUGAAGUUAACUAAGCAAUGCUUAUUUCCUUGUUUAAUUUCAUCUGUGAUGACUGUUGCAAUUAUAAAAAUGUUUUUCUCUAAUUAUAUGUAUGGUUUAUCUACAUUAAAUAGCUUAUGAUAUAUAUAUAUACCUGUUAUGUUUGAUAUUCCUCAACAUUAUAUAAACUUUAAAGGGAAAAAUUGUUAAGCAUUUUAUUGAACCAAAAUAAUAGAACAAUUCAUGUCUGUUUUUAGAGUAUUUAUUCAGUAAUAUUGGACCACCAUUCUAAUAUUGAUAUCUAACAUUUUAUGUUUGUAGAUGUUUUAUAUCUGUUGACUUUUAUGUAUUUGUUAUCUUGGUUUGUAAAAAUGGAUUCCUUAACUUUUACGUGACAUGGAUUUGGCAAGGAAGACAAAAACCUUUCACCUUCCUAUUGUGUGUUUCUGAUGCUGUUACAUCCGCUAUCUAGCGCUGUUAAUGAUCUAGGUACAUUCACCUUCCUAUUGUGUGUUUCUGAUGCUGUUACAUCCGCUAUCUAGCGCUGUUAAUGAUCUAGGUACAUUCACCUUCCUAUUGUGUGUUUCUGAUGCUGUUACAUCCGCUAUCUAGCGUUGUUAAUGAUCUAGGUACAUUCACCUUCCUAUUGUGUGAUUCUGAUGCUGUUACAUCCGCUAUCUAGCGCUGUUAAUGAUCUAGGUACAUUCACCUUCCUAUUGUGUGAUUCUGAUGCUGUUACAUCCGCUAUCUAGCGCUGUUAAUGAUCUAGGUACAUUCACCUUCCUAUUGUGUGAUUCUGAUGCUGUUACAUCCGCUAUCUAGCGCUGUUAAUGAUCUAGGUACAUUCACCUUCCUAUUGUGUGAUUCUGAUGCUGUUACAUCCGCUAUCUAGCGCUGUUAAUGAUCUAGGUACAUUCACUGUUACUUUAUUCUUUGUUAAGUAUGUUAUUGUUACUGUUGCCAUGCCAAAUUGUUUGAGACUAUUUAUUACUUACAUUGUUGUUGUUUUACCAAUGUAUACAAAACGUCCUACCAAUGAGUGUUGAUAGCGCCCACAGUACCCAUACAUGGUAGUGUCCCUUGUCCUGUUUACUAUAUGGUGCAGUCUCCCUGUGUUUAGCCCUUUCACACCUAGGUAACUUUAGUAGACUCGACCAUACAUUUAUUUGGACAAGUCCAUUAUGGUCUACAUGUACAGUGGUGAAAGGGUUAGACAAGGUACUGAGAUAUGUGGUUGAAUUUCCUUGUGUCUAUGUAACAGUAUACAAAAUUAAGUUCCUGGUUGUCUCUGUUGGAACAUACUGUAUAGUAACAUGUAUUCUUAAGUCAUGGUUAAUAUUUGCUGGCCAAAAUAUGUUAACGACACAUUUUUCGGAUGACUAACUAAAACUUUUUAAAUAUCAACAUGCUGAUAUUACUUUCUCCCACGAUUCAGUCUCCCAUUUUAACUAUCUAAAGUUUCUGUGUUAUCCUCUAGGGUAUGAAUUCUCUGUCAUUGUUCAGGGUAUGAACUUGCGGUCACCCCACUUAAAUGGUUUAUUACCCCUUGGGUCGACAUUUCUGUCAUACGUUUUACCUCUCACCGGGAGACUGAGUUCAGUUACAAGCUGUAGACAUACCUGUAAGCUGUGUCCUAUUGAUUGAGUACAUAUCCAAACACAUUACUGCAGUUUGCAAUGAUUUUUGAAUGAUAUAUUGAUUGUGUAACUAUGAUAUAUAUUUUUCUAGGUGUAACACAUGCAAUGUUAUCAUCAACCAAACUAGAUAUAGGAUUAUAAUGUCAUAAUGUGUGACAACAUAACUUUCAAAGGUGACCUCAAACUUGUGGAGUAACUGCACUCAAUCUUCCUUGAUGCCCUUACAAGCUUGUGUAAGAAUUUUUUUCUACGAUCCUUAUGAUCAAUACCACAAGGAGGCUGAUUAGCCAGCAUACCUGUCUCCAAGUGAACAGUAGGUUUAGUGUGUAAUUGUUAUCCCUUUAUAAGAUGCAGUUUUAUUGAUCUGGAUCCUGUCUUUGUAGAUAUUCCAAGAUCAAUAAUUUAUACAUUGAUUCUUAUUAAAUAUUAUUUCAUAAUUUUCAACAGAAAAUUAUUUGCUUCUCAUCUUUAUAAUGUUCCUUACAAGCCACUCUAACCCUGUUUGAUAAAUGCAAUAUAUCUGGUAUAUUUAAUGGGGACCAUUGCAUUGUGUCUGGUAUGUUAUAUAAAUGUAAUGAGGACUUUACCCCAGUUUUACAUAUAAAAUAUGUCAUCUUCUUUUUAUAUAUUUUAAGUCCAAAUCACCCUUCCAUCCAAUUCCGUAUGCUAAUUUGCAUAGGUCCUUAUUGUGCCUGUUUCAUUUUGUGGCUGAUCAGAAAAACAAAAUGGUCACUUUCUUGGAUUUUGACAGUUCCUGUGUGUAACCAUUUUCCCAGAGAAGUGCUAGAUAGAUCUUUCUCAGAUUUCAAAUUUAGGUUUCCAUUUGCUACAGAUGCAGUAAAGUGCUAGUAAUUAGGUCAAACAAGAUCCUCACUUUAAAAGAACAAUGUCAUACAAAGCAGUAUGAAGUUACCAUAAGGUGCAUUAACUGUUUACAUGACACAUUCCAACAGACGAGGGAAAAAAACUAUCUUGUAUAUAGUUUAUGAAGAUGGUAUGAUGGUGGGUGCCAAGAUGCACAAAGAAGCCACCAUAUGUUUUCUGUCUGGUUAUGUAAGUAAUUGAUGACACUUAUGUAGUGUCACAUCGACAACACUUGAGUAGUUCUAAGGAGGUGGUGUUAUACUGUAUAUUACUUACAGAAUUCAGGUCAGUCUGUAAUCAAGUGUACGUAAAAUAUACCAGGUAAGUAAUGUACAGUAUUAAAGGUAAUAAACAUCAGCCUCCUUAUGGGAGAUAACACACAAGUAUACUGUGUAUGUUAACAAAGGUCUAGAAAUACUGACUGACUGACCUAGGGCAGGUUGUUAUGUGUAACAUUCAGUAAAUACGCCAUGUAUCUGGAGGUUUGAUAGAUGUCUAUAUAUCAUAUGUCUGAGGGUUUAAGUAUUGCACAUGUAUCUUAGGCCUGAUGUUGAAAUAUUGUUACAUUCGCUCUUUAUUUUAUGUAAUUCUCCAUGUAUGUUAUAAAAUAUGUGUGUGAUCAAAUCCAGAGAUAUAAAAACUUGCCAACGUUUUAAAAUACCCAUGAGGGAGAUUCCAUGAGCUCAAAAUUAAAGGCAUUAAUAAAAUUUGUAUAUAUCAUAUAUAUCCCUCUAAAUAAAAAACAACUUAACUUGGAUCUUAGAAUAUAGGAAUAGUAUUCCAAAGUCACUGUUUGGGAAUAUUAGAUUUAAGGCUCCAAAAUUAGGAGUCUCCCUACAAAAUAGGAAUAGUUGGCGGCAAGUAUGACUCACCGUCACAUAUUACACUGAAGUGUUACCACAGUCUCUGUCCUAUCUAGGGAUAUAUUACAAUUAUAUAGUUUGACUACAUGUAUAUGUCUGUCCCAUCUUUACAUACUUCUGUGUCUACAGUCAUAUUUACCACAUAUAGCUAUAUGUACAGUGAUAUCAGCUACUUAGUCAAUAAAGGAUUAUAUCUAAUAGGU